AUGGCGCUUAUAAUGGGGACUGGAACUUGUCUGGUGCCAAAAAGUGAAUUCAUAGAAGUUUUGGUUCGCGAACAGUGGCAUAAAGUUUUGGUGCACCUGAAUGAGGAAAGUCUUACAUUAAGUUGUGAGGAGAGUAGUGACAACUUGAACUCUAACGGCACCAGCCAUGGCUCAUACCUGGACAACAAUAACGCCAACUCCAACAACGCGCCCCAAAGCGUGCGCUCGGUGUUCACGGACCUUCCCGAGCGAGUGCCAGAGACCAUCGCCAACAGGAAGCGCAGCAUUAAGGUGACCAAGCAGGAGGUCGGGGGGCUGGGGAUCAGCAUCAAGGGCGGCCGGGAGAACAAGAUGCCCAUACUUAUUAGUAAGAUAUUCAAAGGUCUGGCUGCGGACCAGACCCAGGCGUUGUACGUGGGAGACGCUAUUCUGUCCGUCAAUGGAGUGAACCUGAGGGAAGCCACGCACGACGAAGCGGUGCAGACGCUCAAACGAGCUGGGAAAGAAGUGACCUUAGAAGUGAAGUACAUGCGUGAGGCCACACCGUAUGUGAAGAAGGGUUCUCCGGUGUCAGAAAUCGGCUGGGAGACCCCCCCUCCGGAGUCGCCCCGCCUGAGUCCCAGCAGCCUGUCCUCCCCCUCAGAGCCCCCCAGUCCCCCUCUGCUGUCCCCCCACGGAGACCGCCGCUGCAUCCCCCUUCGAAUGUGCUACGUCACCAGAGCCAUGACCACGCCGGACCCCGACAACAGACAGCUGGAGCUACACUCCCCUGACACCAGGCACACUGUGGUGCUGCGCUGCCCGGACCAACCAUCUGCCCUGAGCUGGUUCACCGCCAUGCACUCUGUCACCACCGCCAUGGCACAGCGGGCGUUGGCAGAGCUCCUCCAGCAGCACGGCUGGAGCGGCAUCGCUGGCAGCAAGGAGAUCCGACACCUGGGCUGGCUGGCGGGAAAGACGGAGAGCGAGAAGCAAAGCUGGAAGCCGGUGCUGGUGGUCCUCACUGAAAAAGACCUGCUGUUAUUUGACAGUCUCCCACGGGGCCGAGACGCUUGGCAGAGCCCCACGCACACAUACCCACUGCUGGCCACGCGGCUGGUCCAGUCUGGUCCGGACCUGGGCUCUCCUCACUCCGGCACAGAGCUGUACUUUGCCACUCGCACUGGCACGCGACUGGGCAUAGAGACGCACUUGUUCAGAGCUGAAACCACCAAAGAGCUUUCCCUGUGGACCAGACUUAUCGUCAACGGAUGCCACUCCUCUGCCGAAAUGAUCAAAGAAGUCUCCACCAGCUGUCUGUUCCAGGGGCAGGAGUGCAGGCUGGUCAUCCAUUAUGAAAAGGGCUUCUCUGUGGUGACGGAUCCAAAGCUGCUGGACGAUCACAGCGACGAUGUCCACUUGGCUCAAACUCCGGUCAAACCUCGCGUGCUGCUGUCCCACCCCUUUGAGAGGCUGAAGAUGUCCUCAGACGACGAGAUACGGAUGCUUUUCCUCGACUUCGGCGGCAAAGAAGGCGAGAUUCAGUUGGACCUUCACUCCUGCCCAAAACCCAUCGUCUUCAUCCUCCAUUCCUUUCUCUCGGCCAAAAUCUCUCGUCUGGGUUUAGUGGCCUGA